AUGAAGUCUAUCCACGUGACUUCCGCUUUGGGCGACGCUGCGAAAGCCGCAAAUCGACGUGAAAGUCGAAAGCCCAAGGGAACAGCCUGCGUCGACGAGACUACGGCCUGCUGCUGGCUUCCACUCGAACGCCGCGGACUGUCGUCGCUGCACGGUGGGCUCGCUCGUGCAUGUACGGCUGGGCUGCUCGCCUUACCCGCCCUAUCUAUACCCACCUCGAUACUUCAUUUCCCUGGCCUUGCCCUGGAACAUCCCGCGACAAAACACCUUCUAGCGAGCCCUGACCGACCCCGAAUUGCUCGCUGGGGCUGGAGGCAAUUAUCGUCAGUCAACUGCGCGGCCGUCCAUACCGCUCUCCUUGCUUUUGUCCCGUCUCGUCGCUUCGAGUCCAGCCCUUGCUCUGACCCUGGCGAUUUCCCUCGAAACCCAACGCCCACCUCCACCGCCACUACCACGACCGCCUCUGCUUCCCUUCGUACCUCUCUCGAUAUAUCUCCAGACAGGCUUGCCGGUGCCCAGCUGCUAGGGCGACGCUGGAUCUUUCUUGGCCCCAACCACCUAUAUAACACCCCUCAACGGCACCGGGCUGCCCUGGGAUUUCGAGACGUGCGCGCAGCAAUGGCCUUUGCCGACGCCUAUCCAGGCGAUUCGGAUGCAGAUGAUGAGUACGAGCGGAGCGUAGUGAUCUCACCCCACCUUGCCGAAGACUCCGAGGGCUCUCCAACCGAUUCAGAGGAACCCUCGACGGAAAACACUCCCACAUACGGCAAGACCGAGGACCGCGGCUCGCCCAAGACGGUCAUAAAUGACUGGACAGCAGAGGAAUGUGCCAAGUUCGUGGGGAGUCUGGGCUUGCUGCAGUACCGUGAAGCGUUUCUAGAAAACGAGAUCGUUGGAGAGGCCCUCAUUGCUUUGAAACAUGACGAAUUGAAAGAAAUUGGAAUAUCGAGUGUUGGACAUCGAUUGACCAUCUUAAAAAGUGUAUACGAAGCGAAGGUGAAGCAAGGUGUACCCAUUGACCCCGACCAUUACGUUCCUCUAUCGGCGGAUAAAAGCAAUGCGAAAGAUGCAGCUACCCAGGAUGACGUAGCCCUCCUCAUCCAAUCCAUCAGACGGCGAGACGAAAGACUUGUGGCAGCAGAAGCGGAACUACGGAAACUUGCAGAUGACUACCGAAGGCUGCGAGAAGAAUUGCUACCGGUAUUCAAAAUCGCCAAAGAUAAAUCAGCUCCUCUACCAUACCAACCUCCAACGACUAUAUCCUACGGGGGAUCCACCAUUGCAACAUCAGAACCAUAUAACCACGACCCAGCAACCUCACCCUCAUUCCUUGGCCAGGAGAAGCCUGGUAGCGGCCUAACUCGAACAAUAUCGAGAAAGCUCUUCGCUGGCGGCUCUACUCCAAAGACUAAUUCCCCUACACACAUUCCACAGUCAAUACCCGAAGGUAGAGCAUUCACAGACUCGUCCACCCUUGAUCCAUCCGCCGCUGCUAUGGCAGCCUCUUCUCACCUAACAGCCUCUAUGACCGGUGGCCAGCCCUCACCCAAGGGCAUGCCAUCACCCACAUCACCCAACAGCUUCUACACCCAACAAACACUAGCAUCCCGAUCAUAUUCCCGCGACCCUCCAUCCUCUACCAACAACCGCACAGCUUAUGACCACUCCGAAGACACACAAGUACAACAGCGACAAGACCGAUCUGGCGGCAAUCAGAACUCAAGCUCCUCAAGUCGACAAGACCAUCCUGCCAUUACCACCUCUAGAAGCGGAGGAUCGGGCGGCGGGGGAGGUCAAGCGUCUAGCAGCGCACAAAACACGUCCGACUCAGGCCCCAGUGUCGAAAUAUUUAAAUCUUUCCGCGUCUCGAUGGAUGACCCUUGCUACAAGGUUCUUCCUGCGGCUCUUAAAAAGUACAACAUCCACGAAGACUGGCGAUUAUAUGCUCUAUAUAUUGUCUACGGUGACCAGGAACGAUGUCUGGCACUUGAAGAGAAACCCCUAAUACUAUUCAAACAACUUGAUAAAGACGGUCGAAAGCCAAUGUUCAUGCUUCGGCGGCAAACACAAAUGGUCGACGGGCAGGUCCCUGGCAUAUAUACCAGCUCUGGCAGCGGUGGAGCCGGUAGUACGACGAUUGGCUUCCCACCCAGCGGCAGUGGCUUUGACUCUGGCACUCCUGGUAGCACAGCUAUCACCCUUGGCGGACUACCUUCUGGAGGUUCGGGCGGCCAACCAAGCGCUGGUCUACGAGCGCAGUCCACACAACAAAAUUCUAUACAAUUGCCUGGCGGAGUUUUAUAA